ACUUGAGCAAAUGGUAAAUUUUCAAUUCUUUUUAUACUAUUUUAUCCCAGAAUCUGUCGUCUCUAUGCACACCAAUGUAUCGCAAAGUGCCUAGCACUGAAGUUAAAAUUAUUACUACUAGCAUAUAUGAAACCAAGCUAAAGUUUAGAUUAUAGUUCACAGCCUGAAAAUGGAGAUAUUCUGUAAAUUCUCACUCAGCCUCUUCAUCAUCUUGUCGAUUACACAUACCGUACUAUGUUUAGAUAUGUGCGAGCCUAGUUCAUGCAGUCCUACAGCACCACAAGUGAGGUUUCCUUUUCGGCUUGAUCAACAACCGAGAGAGUGUGGUUAUCCAGGUUUUGAUCUUUCUUGCAGCAACCAAAGUACAGUUCUUCGAAAUCUACAAUUUUCCAGAGCUUUUGUAGUCACUGAUAUUAAUUAUACAUCUCAGUCUAUUAAUUUUAAGCCACAGUUAUGUCCGCUUCCUAGAAUUGACGCUUUUAAGCCGCGUUUUGGUACGCCUUUUCAAUCUGUUUUGGUGGAGGAAUACACGUUUUUUAAUUGUUCAUCGAUCUGGUCUUUUCUGGGACGUGCAUCAUAUGAGGUGGUAGAUUGUCUUGGUAAGGUAAACGGGACAGCUAUUGCGUUUCCUAGCAAAUAUUAUGAUGGGUUUCUGCCAAGAACUUGCACGAAUAUUCUGUUGAAGAAGGAUAUUCCAGUGGGAUUUCGAUGGAGUGUACCGUUCUGCGGGAAGUGUGAAGUUGAAAACAUGACUUGUGGCUACAAGGAUGUCAGAACGCUGGAAAUUGGUUGCGAUGUAUCUUCUAAACGCGGUCUUUCAACAACUGCAAAGUAUGGUAUAGCUUUUGGCGGGGGAUUGCCAGCACUUUUUCUUCUCGUUUGUCUUGCAAUUUACGCAAGUAAAAAAACCAAUGACCAUGCUCAAAUCCAACAGCAAGACCAUGUCCCAGAUAUCCCAUCAGCAACAAUAGCACGACUGCUUCCUAGGUCUGCAACGGGACUAGACAAGCUCACCAUUGAGUCGUAUCAGAUGACAGUGCUAGGCGAGAGCAAGCGAUUGCCUAAGCCUAGCGAUUCCACAUGUGCAAUAUGUUUGUCUGAAUACAAGACGAAUGACACACUGAGGACAAUACCAGAAUGUAAUCACUAUUUUCAUUCAAACUGUAUAGAUGAAUGGCUCCAACUCAAUGCCACUUGUCCGUUAUGUAGGAACUUGCGGGAGUGAUAAAUUAGAAAGGCUGCAAGUCUGCAACUCCUAUGCCCUCAUCUACUUUGUUGAAAUACUUGAAUUUAAUGGUA